AUGGCAGAAGUUGCAGAGAAAGAGUUGAAUGAGUUUGUAGAAACAACACCAAGUUAUAUUAAAGAUACAACAGAUUUUCUGACAAAACUGCAAGAAAUCCCCAAUGAAAUUCCAGAAAAUACAAUGCUUUUCUGCUUUGAUGUUAUCAAACUUUAUCCAUCCAUUCCUAAACAAAAAGGCUUAGAGGCAUGUAGAGAAGCACUUGAAACUAGAACAGACAAAACCAUCCCUUCAAAAGCAAUAGAAGAAAUGAUAACCACCGUUCUUGACAACAAUAUUAUAACAUUCAAUGGAACUGAGUAUAAACAAAGAAAAGGAGUUGCCAUAGGCUCAAAGUUGGGGAGGAAUUUUGCAUGUGCCUAUAUGCGUAAAUGGGAUGAAGAACUAAUGAAGAAUGAGUUCAUACCAAUCUUUUACAAAAGAUACAUCGACGAUGGAUUUGGAUUUUGGACACAUGGACUGGAAAAGCUUAAUGAGUUCCUUAUGUUUGCAAACCAGAUUGAUGAAAGUAUUCAAGUAGAAAUGAGAGUUGGUGGGAAAGAAAUAGAAUUUCUGGAUACUAUCGUGAAGAUAGAAGAUAGGAAAGUAAUAACAUCUUUAUACACAAAACCCUCAGACAAGCACAUGUAUUUAAACUACAAAUCAAGCCAUCCAAGAAAAACAAAAGAAGCCAUUCCAUAUAGUCAAACCAUUAGACUGAAAAGAAUCUGUUCUAAAGAUACAGAUUAUCAGGUCCAUAAGAAAAAAUUAAAACACUAUCUUCGUAAACGUGGCUAUAGCGGAAAGAUCAUUGACAGGCAAUUUGAUCGAGCAGACAAGCUGGAUAGGGAUACUCUUUUGAAACCAAGUGAAGACAAGAAGAAAAACAUGAAAAGAGUUCCACUUGUACUUACGUACUCGAAAAAACUACCACGCAUACACGAUAUUGUGAAAAAGCACCUACCUCUACUGCACGAGUCGAAUAGAAUGAAGGAAGUUUUUAAUGAAAUGCCUAUUGUUGCAUACAGACGAGACAAGAACAUAGCAGAUAUAUUAGUGCAUGAAAAAACCAAUCGUACUAUGACAAGGGAGGUCAAUCCAGUAGAAAGAUGCACCAAAAAGUGUGUAGUGUGUGACAUGCUAACAAGGGGGUUGCACAACCGUGGAGGGGUGAGUGGAGUGACCAUUAGCAAAAGGCAGACCUGUGAAGCAUGUAACGUCAUCUAUGGAAUAAACUGUAUACAGUGUGGCAAAAUAGUUUAUGUGGGGGAGACAUCACGCUCACUAAAAGAACGAUUAAAGGAGCAUGAGGCAGAUACAAGGCACCACAGAAGCAAACCUGUUGCUGAGCAUUUUAACUCCGGACAACAUAGUGUAGAAGACAUGGGAGUAUGUGUUUUACAAAAUAUUAGAGACAAUUCGGAUUACUACCGCAAGAUAAAAGAACUUAACUGGAUUCAAUUGUUAAAGACAGAAGUUCCAAAUGGACUUAACACAAAAGCAGCUUCCGAUUUAGUAUGGCAGAAUUAUAGGCGAUAGUGUAGGCCAAUACGAGAUUCGUGUAGACAGUUUAAGUAACGAUAACUAUUUUCAAAAUGCAUAAUUCUCCAACAAUAGUGCAUGCGAGCGUAAGUAUGUGAGAGGGUGGAUAUGUAUGUGUGUAUAUAUGAGUAUAUGUGUGGGUGUGUAUAUAUAUAUGUAUAUGUGUAUGUAUGUACACAUGUAGGUGUUUAUUUGUGUACCUGUAAUUAUAUGUGCAAGUAUAUGAGUGAAUAUGUACAAGUGUGAAGGAAUGCGUAUAUAUGUGUGCAUAUGUUGGUACAGUAAAUAUCUAUAUUAUUAUUAUAGUAAUUAUUGUUAUCAUUAAUAUAGUUAUUAUUAUUGAUAUAACAAUAUGAUGUUAUUGUAAUACUUUUUAUUAUCAAAUUCAAUUUGGAAAAUUACAAUGAGGAAUGAAUUUCUGAUCAAGUAUAAGAACCAUACAACGAAAUGUCAUGUAUAUUAUGUAUUUUGGCGCAAUUGUAUA